AUGUCCAACGAUCCGACAGCCCGCAGGCUGCUCCCCCAGACCUCACAGAUGGGCUCCUUUUCCUUUACGCCGCCAGCUUACCAGCAACAGCCACGUGAAACUCAGAAGAAUUAUGUCUUUGUCGAUGAGCACAACCGACACAAGCGAUUGAAAGUUAUGAGAGCGUGUGAGGGAUGCCGCCGGAGGAAAAUUAAGUGCGACGCAGCAACCACCAAUACAUGGCCCUGCUCUGCAUGCAUCCGUCUGAAGCUGCAGUGUGUGCGUCCAAACGGCUUUGACAGCGCCGACUCGCAAGUGUAUGAGCCACCACAGUCCCAAUACGAAGCCUCACCUCUUUCCGACAACUUCCGACACCAGCUACCCAUCCAGGACCAGCACCUCCUCGCCCAUGCGCCCAAACCAGGGCCCAUCUACCCGCAGCAGACCUCUUACCAGGACACGUCUGCUCUCUACCACCCAGUUCCGUAUGGGGAGCCCCAGCCUGUGCCACACGACCUCCAGUAUGCGCCGGUGCCUCACCACUCCGUCGCUGCUGUCGACCAGCAGUACGCGGCGCAGACUGCUGCGUUUCCGACUCCCCCGAUGCAACAUGCGCCUAAUCCUGGUUCGCCAGAAGACACUUUCCAAUCCGAGUACGCUCAGCAAGACUUGGCGAAUCUCCUUGGGUCCUUGAAAGUGAAUGAGGCGGGGACAGCACCAUAUCUCAACAGCAAGAUGCAAUCGAGUAGGGACGAAGAGCCGGCGGUGGAGGAUGGUGACGAUUACAAGACGUACCUGCCGCCCCUAAUGGCAGGGCCAGGUUCCAAGAUCCGGAUUCCUCCGGAGCUGAUGCCGGACGACGACACGGUCCUCCACUAUCUCGACCUCUACUUUGUCAAUGCUCAUCCCUACGUCCCGGUCCUGGACAAGAGCUACUUUUACCACCAAUGGCACAACAACCGGGAGUCCAUCUCUCCGCUGCUUCUCGAGGCCAUGUUCGCCAUCGCAGGCCGUCUUGCAGACGAGCCCGCACAAGGCCAGCAAUGGCUAGCGCUCGCAACACGUCAUGCCGACUCGUUUAUGGACGUUCCGCGGUUGAGCACGCUCCAGGCGUUGAUGAUCCUUUUGAAGGCGAGAGAAUCAGCGCCGAAGAAGGGCUACUACUACCGGUCAUGGAUGAGCAUUGUGCAAUGCGUUCAGCUUGGCAAAGAUCUUGGGUUGGACGAGCACUUUGCGGACCACCAGGCCGGCCGGCCAUGCGGUGGGAGUCAGGCGGAGUGCGCACUCAAGGAUCGUAUUUGGCAGACUCUGUUCGUGGUUGAGAUGAUGGUUGGAUCGCCGCAGGGUCGAACCGACUUUCAGAUCGAGGAAGAUAGCGUCUGCUUCGACGUCCCGCGGCCGAUACCGAACAAUGACGAGACCGAACACCAGGUCUCGCGUAAUUUCACAUUCCUUGCCAGGAUCGUUCGCUCCGUUAGCCGGAUGGCGAGAACCUAUGGGCGGCUUAAAAAGAGCAAGGAAUGGGGCAUCAACCCGGAGUUUGUACAACUCGAUCCGUCCCUGAACGCCUGGCUGGCUAGCCUCCCCGCCGACUUGACGCUCAGUUACCCGGCAGAUGGGUCGCCGCCUUGGAUACCUUCGGCUUUUGUCGGCAACCUCCAUUCGUACUACUAUCUGUCGAUAAUCCUGUUCAACAGGCCUCCAUUGGCGGUCCUGACUCCGUCAACGCCCGGGGGACAAUGGAAGCAGCACAUGGUGGUCUCGUACGACGCGGCCAAGAUGCUCUGCAGGCUACAAGAGGCGGUGGUGGGCUCGUUUGGGCUGAACGGGCUGCAGUGCAUGCAGAGGGGGAUCAACUUUACCAUCUAUGCCGUGCUUGGUUGCAUCGUGCUGCACCUGGUUGCGGUGACAUCUCCGGAUCCGGACUUGAACUCGCAGGCCAGAGACUACUUCACGCGUCACAUGAGGAUUUUGGAGAAAUGUAUGAGUGCGUGGCCCAUGCCCGACAUGCAGAAGCAGAUCGACUCGGUCCGGGAGGCCUUCUCAGCCGACAUAAGGAAGCCGUUCGUCCUGAAGCCGACGUUCCCGUACGGCAGCCCGCACUCGGCGACGCACCCCAGCCCGCCGGGCCGACCGCUGGACUCGCAAAUGUCGCACUCGCAAGUUAGUUACACCAACCACCCCCUGACGCCCGUCUCGGUCGGCCCCAUGGACGGCAAGAGUGAAUCGUCGCCCAUCGUACAAUCGCUAACCACGAUGCCUUCGGUUCGCGGUUCUCAGACGUCGGGUGUCACGCAGACGUUGCCGUUGUCCGAGGCACCCGCCUGGAACCCCUCGCGCAUCUUUGACCAAUGGAACACAUCCUUCGGCGCGCCCCAGAUCCAGCCGUCGCCGCCCGCGGUGGCGGCGCAGACGGCGUCUCUGAACGUCGGCUCGGCGGGGGGCGUCUCGCCGAGCCUGCAGGAGAUGCAUGCCGUCCAGGGGCAGCUCCGCACAGGAUCGCAGCUGCCGCUCCCGCCGUACCCGGCCGCGCCGCCGCAGACGUUUGUGACGCCGGCCAUGUGGCAGGAGUCGGUGGCGAGCGUCUACGAGGGCGGGCUCAAGCGGGCGUGGGAUUACGACGCGCACCUGCCGGGGAAGCGCCACUGA